AUGCAGCAGCAGCAACAACAACAGCAACAACAGAUUUCAAAUAUAUCUUCUCCAAAUAGAAUGUCAGUUGUAUCAUCACCUUCAAAUUUUAGUGGAGCUAAUAUUUCAAAAGAGGAUAUACCAACAAUAGUUUUAAAUAAAACACCAUUAGUUAAAAAUAAUGUAGAGUUAGAUUUUUCAGCAAAGGCUAGCAAAGAGGGGAUGUUUUCGUUAUGGUCUAAUGCAUUAGAAAGAAAGAAAAUAAAUUAUAGUAAUAAAGAAAUGACUAUUAUGAUCGAGCCACCCGAAAUUACAACCGAUAUGACAAAUAGUAAAUUACUACAAUCUCCACCAUACAAUACUACCAAUAAUAAAAAACCAACACAAGAAGAUUUAUCUAUUAUAUUCGAAUUAGUACACUAUUGUAUAUUUUAUUCUCUAUCAAAUACAAAUAAUGUUAAAAGAGAUAUACUUUCAUCGAUGAAUAAUUAUUUUUGUCAAAUUAUUAGGGAAAAGGGUGCAUCAAAUGUAAAGAUUAUUAUAAAUUCAUUAUUCGAAGUUUUUGGAUAUUAUUUAGAUAUUGCAAGAAAAGAAGAAGAAGACGAUCCAUCUGCUAAAAAGUUUACAUAUUUAAUUGGGGCACUAGAAAAGUUUAUCGAAGAUGGUUUAAAUAAAUUUAGAGAUGCUUCAGAAUUUUCAUUAACAUCUAUUCAAAAGUCAUUUACAACCCACUUGACUGACCAGUUCAAGAAGCAAGGUCUUACAAAUAGUACAGCUUAUAACGAUGCAUUACAAAAGUUCAAUUUUAUUUUAUCAUGUGCUGUUGAAUCGGUCGAAGCCUAUCAAAAAUCCCAAGUUAUCAAAUCUUCAUUCAAGUUGGAUGCAUAUCUCGAAAAGACAUUGUUUUUAAAGUCCAAAGCUUUAUCAUCUAAAGAGUAUCUUUUAGCACAGCUUAGAGCACGUAAACACACUCUCGACCAUCAUCCAUAUUAUAACAAAGAAAACUUUUUAAAGCAAGAUAAUUUCUAUUAUUGGCGUAAACAAGAGGAAGCAACCAUUGUAAAACUAUCACAGCAAAUGCUGCCAAGAGAAGAGUACUUAAAAAGUCAAUGGGGUAUUAAGGUUAAUAAUAAAAGCGAUCCAAUUGGUGUACUUGCAAUUAAAGUCGUAUCGGCACGUGAAUUGUUUCAAAAAGAGGAGGGAAAGCCAGAGUCAUAUUUAGAAAUCCAAUUUGGCAGAGAUAAGAAAAGAACAAAAAAAGUAUCAGGUUUAAACCCAGUCUGGAAGGAACACUAUGCAUUUCAAAUCAGCAAAGGUCAAUUGAACGACGAAAUCGAAUUUACAAUUUGGGAUAAUCGUACAAUUAAAACAAGCUCUGAUAAAAUUCAUUUCCUUGGUAAAUACAAAUUCACAGUUAAAGAGUUAAUGCUUCAUUUAAAGAGAGAGGUAAACUGGUACCCAUUACAAAAAAGAACAUCAAGAAGCAGAAUCAGUGGUGAUAUUAAAUUACAGUUCCAUUAUUUACCUUUCCCAGACCCAACCCAACCAAUCAUAAACGAUGACUAUGUAAAUUAUUUAGAAAUUUUAUUAGAUAAAUUAAUUGAAACCGAUACCCUUGUUUCAAUACAGCAACAACAGCAACUAGAAAAACAAUUGCAACAAGAAAGCGGAAAUGAUUCACUAGCAGGUUCAAAAGUUUCACCAUCUGGUUCUGGACAGGGUGGGGUAGUGUCACCACUAUUAAGUAGCAAGAAGAAGGUUAUAUUAUCACAGCAAUCCAAUCUAUUGUUAAAAGAGUUUUGUGAACGUUAUGGUAUUAUGGAUCAUACUUUAAAACUAUUCAUAAUGAAAAGAUUAGUGCACUCCACCAUCAAGUAUCAUUCACUAGAGUACAUUCCCGAAAUUAGAACCAUCUUAAAAAAUACCUUAGAAAUUAAAUUUGGUGAUUUUGGUCUCACCAAAAAUGAAGAUGAAAUUUUAGUAGAAAGUGUAACUUUACUAUCAAAUGCUUGCAAAACCUGGCUAUUACAUUUCCAUGCUGUAUUUCCCCAAAAUUUACCAAGUGGGUCUUUAAGAAUGCUCAUCGAUAUUUAUUAUUUGCUAAGAAAUUCAGAGUUAUCCCAACUACCACCCCUACCAGAGCUUAUUAGGGAAUGUUAUCUAAUUAGAUAUAGAUACUCAAUUAAUUUAUCUCAAGAUUUAGGUAAAUCAAAUGUAAUUUUACCAACUCGUAUAAAUAAAUCAUCAAAUAGUCAACACUCACCAAAUCAACAACAAUCAUCAACACCACCACAACAACAAAGCAAAGCUUCAUUAUUAGUUAAAGUUUGUGAUUUAUUAUUAUAUAAUUUAGAUAUAGAUCAAAAGUAUUUUAGUAGAGAUUUUCCAAAUGAUACACCAAUCUUAAUUAUUUCAAUUCAGAUAUUUACCGAGCAAUUAUCAAAAGAGGUCGAUGAACUCACAGAAAAAGGUGCAAAUAGUUUAGAAGAGUUACAAGAGUUUUUUGAACUUUAUUUAAAACUUAAAGAAACAAUGACCAAGUUUAAAGAAAUUUAUCCAAAAUUAGAACUAGUACCAAUCCCAGUAUUAUUCAAACAAGUCAUUUUACAGUGGACUUUAGUUUGUGCUGAUCAAUUAAAGAAUCAUAUCGAUAGAAUUUGCGCAGCUGAAAAAUGGAACCCAGUAUCACACGACACUUUACACUCUGCAUCUGUAGGCGAAGUAAUUUUAGGUUGUUACCAUGCAUUGGAUGUUAUUAAAAGCUUACGUUGGGAGGAUCUCCAAAAAGAUCAUAAAGACGGUGAACAUACACUCUUUGAGGUUAUGGGCAACUUUACUAUGGUCAUUUCAGAAUCUAUCAUUUACUAUACCAAGGUCAUUAGAGAUAUAAGUUUAAAUUCAUUAGAUCAAGCUGCUAACGAUAUUUUUCAAUUAUCAGAAUCGUACUCUUCAAACUUAGAAAAAACAAUUCAAACUGUAUCAUUACGUUUCAAUAACAUACAAGCAACAAUAGGUCAUGCCGAAGAUUUAAUACAAGUAUUAUUAAGAAUCAUGUCAUCGUAUCGCCUUUCACCAUCAAUUGUAAAUAAUAUGGCAACCAACACAUAUUUAGCAAUUAAUAAUAAUGUAUUAACAUUGGUAGAUAGAAUUUAUGAAAGAUUAUCUCCAAUUAUUCAAGGUGAAAUUUAUAAAAUUGUAGGUCUAGCUUUAGAUAAAAAUAAAAAUUUAGUUAUAGAUUUCUUUCAAAAGAUCGAAAAGAAUUUUGAUCAACUUGCGCUUCAAUUCAAUGGAGGUGAUAAUAUACCCAUUAAUGUUAGAUUAGAGCCUUUAUUAAAUUAUAUUACUUCAAAAUUACAAAUAUUUUCAAAAUAUCUUUACUAUCCAUUAACAAAGCAAUUAUUAAAACGUUGUUGGGCUGGUAUUAUAAAUGCAAUGGAUGAAAUUAUUUUCCCAUCAAAUAAAAAACUAGAUUUAACAUCAGAACAAUUGGAUAUCAUUGAAGGUAUGAUUAAAGCAUUUAGCGAGUUUUUUUAUGUAGAUGGUGAAGGUUUAACUCAAAAGCAAUUGGAUAAACAAUCAGAAAGAUUUAUGAUUAUUGUAUUGGCCUAUAGAGAAGCAAUUAAUAGUGGUGUACGUGAUUUUGACCCAUUAGGUUUAAAGAAUGCUUUAAAAAAUAUAAAUUUUAAGAAUUUAAAACCAGAUUUAACCUAUCUCAAGAAACUAAACAUAAACCUAAAGGGUAUUCCAAAACAACUUGAUGUUUUUUCUUUAAUUAAAAGAUCAAUAGAUAAACGUCAAGAAGAAAAAAAGAAAAGAGAAGAAAAUCGUAAUAAAAAACUUUAA